GCUGGGGAAAGUGAAAGUUUGCGUCGGUUCUCUCCGCGUCGCCGCCGGUCUCUCAGCACCCCGGCACAGCGGCGCGGCGCAGCCCCUCGGCCCGGGCGCAGACUCAAGCAGCAGCGAGUGACCAAGGGCGGCCGACGCGCCCGGCCAGGACUCAGCUGCCCGCAUGACCGCGCGAGGCGCCGCCGGGCGCUGCCCUUCCAAGACAUGGCUGGGCCCCCGGCUGCUGUUGGCCUGUCUCCUGGUGAGCACGAGUGUUACUGAGGAGGUGCCAGAGCACUGUAGCCAUAUAAUUGGGAAUGGCCACCUGAAGAUCCUGCAAGACCUGAUUGACAGCCAGAUGCAGACCUCGUGCCAAAUUGUCUUUGAGUUUGUAGACGAGGACCAGCUGAAUGAUCCCGUGUGCUACCUUAAGAAGGCAUUUAUCCUGGUGCAAGACAUAAUGGAGGACACCUUGCAUUUCAAAGACAACACCCCCAAUGCCAAUGCCAUCCUGGAGCUUCAGGAACUUUCUUUGAGGCUGAAGAGCUGCUUCACCAAGGAUCAUGAAGAGUCAGACACGGCCUGUGUGCGAAAUUUCACUGAGACACCCCUCCAGUUGCUGGAGAAGAUCAAGAAUGUCUUCAACGAAACAAAGAAUCUCCUUAAAAAUGACUGGAAAGUUUUCAGCAAGAACUGCAAUGCCAGCUUUGCUAAAUGCUCCAGCCAAAAUGUGGUGACCAAGCCUGAUUGCAACUGCCUGUACCCCAAAGCCACCUCUAGCAGUGACCUGGCCUCUGCCUCCCUUCACCAGCCCCUCACCCCCUCAGCGGCCCCUAUGACUGGCUUGACCUGGGCUGACUCUGAGGGGAUAGAGGACAACUCCCUCUUGCCCAGUGAGCAGCCCCUACAUGCAGUGGACCAGGGCAGUGCCAAGCAGCGACCAUCCAGGAGCACCUGCCAGAGUUUUGAGUCUCCGGAGACCCCAGGUGUCGAAGGCAGCCCCACUGCCAGUUUACCUCAGCCCCACCCCUCUGUCGGGGCCCCCACCCCUGGGAUGGAGGACAUUCUUGACUCUGUGUUGGGCACUGACUGGGCCCUAGAAGAAGCCUCUGGAGAGGCUAGUGAGGGUCUGGUACCCCAAGAGGCUGAGCUUUCACCCUCCAGGCCAGGAGGGAGCAGCAUCCAGGCAGAGACUGCUGGGCGCAGCAACCUCCUCUCAGCAUCUUCUCCACUUGCCGGAUCUACAGAGGGCCAGGAGCCAGCACACAUAUCUGACACCCUCUUGCCCAGUGUGGGCCCUGUCCAGCCCACAGGCCAGGCCUGGAAUCACAUACCUGAGAAGCCGGACAGUCCAUUGGCCCUGCCCAGAAACCAUCAGGAGCCAAGUUCUGCCAGGACUCCAUCGCUGCGCCCAAAAGGCCUCAGCAGCUUCUCCACCCUCUCUGCUCAGCCAAGGCUUCCCAGAAGCCAUUCAGGGGGCAAUGUGCUGCCCCUUGGGGAGCUGGAGGGCAAGAGGAGCACCAGGGAUCGGAGGAGCCCCACAGAGCUGGAAGGAGGACAAGCAAGUGAGGGGGCAGCCAGGCCCCAGACCCGUUUUAACCCUGUUCCUUUGACUGACACAGGCCAUGAGAGGCAACACGUGGGACGCUCCGACCCCCAGCUCCCUGAGUUUGUCUUCCAUCUGCUGGUGCCCAGCAUUAUCCUGGUCUUGCUGGCCGUCGGUGGCCUCCUGUUCUACAGGCGGAAGCGACGGCCCCCUGACCCAGGAUGGGGACAGACAGGUGGAACUGCCAGUGUAGAGGAACUUCUAAGCUGGGUGCACAGGACAGUUUCUCCACGGGAGGAGAAGUUAUGGGGGCAUCCACCACCACCCCUCCCCAGCCAUUCUCCUGGGAUGGUGGCCUGCCCGCUACGAGCACCCCUGCCUGCCAGGACUGGACCAGAGCAGCCAGGCUGGGGUUCCUCUGCCCUCAACCCUUUGUCCCUUGACUAACUGAGAGAGGGCCAGCGGGUGCUCCCUGAGAUACCAGUAUUUAUUGUGGGCCCUGGAGGCUCCUAUCUGCUUGAAGAAGGCUGGCAAGCCUGGCUCAGGACCCUCAGCCCCCAGGGGCUGUGUCCUCUCCACACUCCCCUCCAAGCCAGCACCUGGGCCAGAGACCCAGCGGCCUGUGCAAUGAGGGAGAGCAGGGCAGGGGCUAAGGAAUGGAAGAGCCCUUGUGCCCGGAGACCCGCCUGGUGCCAAGAGAUCCCAGCAUCAGCAAGCAAGGACUUGCCUCCAAGGAGAGGAGCAUGAGAUUGGCAGGCUGGGAUGGCGUCAGCUGAUUUCCCGAAAAUGAGUGCACCUCAAAUGACAGGAAGAGGAGGCCUCUGGGCCUGCUGGUCUGCAUCAACAGCCCAGAGGGUUCUACAUCCUCUGCUCGCCUACGUGCCCUCUCUGGUUGCUGGGUAGAGAAGGGAGGCCAGCCCUACCCUCAGGACCUGCCUAGCCUGCUCCUGACGCCUACGGAAGGGCCAGGCUCUGGCCUCUGCCCCUGCUUCCUUCCAGCCCCUGCCAGAGCGUCCCUAGGAAGCCACACAGAGGCUGCCCCUCAUGAAGGAAACCAUUGCACUGUGAACACUGAACCUGCCUGCUGUACAGCCUGCCCUGGCUGUCCCGGGGUGAACGGCUGUCCGUCCUCCCCCUGUCCAGCCUUUCCCAGCUUCUUGCACUGAGCACCGAGCUGGCCUUGCCUGUCGACGGAGGGAGCCCUUAAGCCCUAAUCUUCUCCUGACCCGGCCUUUGACGCCCCAGGGAGGAGUGGGGUGGGAGAACUGCCCGGGCUGCUAGCCAGAGCUGGUCUUUAGGCUGCGUUGUUCGCCCAGGUUUCUGCAUCUUGCACUUUGACAUUCCUAAGAGGGAAGUGAGUAGUGGGAAGGAGGUAAGGAGGGAAGGGCAGAGACAGAAAAAGUGUGCAGGAUGGAGCUCUGACAGAAAAUAGGUCUUUGACAUUAUGGCUCCUGGCUCCCUGACCCCCAGCCCAAUCUCCUUCCCCCCUACCAGGCUCCUGUCCCAACCACAGUUUAAGGCUGCUGCUGGCAGGCACCUGGAGCUGAGCAGGUUGUCUCUGCCAGGAGCCUGGGGCUGGGCUGCCACCUGCACUGGCACCCAGCUCCCCUUCUCUUCCCAUGCUUCUUUUAUCCUGACCCCAGUAGGCAGUUGAUACCCUCCAACUCUCACUCCAGCCCCCACUACCACCACCUCUCUGACCAGGCAAGCCAGGAUGGGAGAGGGGCCAGGAGGGAUCAGGGCACCUAUUUUCAACUCUGCCUCUGAGGGCCUCAGCUUCCUGGGCCCAGCCUAUGGCCGUGGCUCAAUGGUGACAGGGCUGUCGAUUGCCCUUGGCCCCUUUGUGCUGCUGUGUCCCUCUAUGGCUGCUGCCCUGGGCCCCCCACUGAAGACCCUGCCCUGCCUGGGCCACUGUGCCAGGGCUCGGGGUCUUCCCUUACUGCCCCAGAAAGUGAGGGCUCGCUGGCUCCCACCUGCCCAGGGUGAUGCAGACAGCUGAGGGAAGGGCAGUGGAGAACUUUGACUGAGGACUCAUUUGUCUAGUCACAAACUCUGUUAUCUGAUACUAGAAAAUACGUAUUUAAAACCGGAAGCUUGGAAGGAAAAAAAAAAAA